GAAUGGGAAUAAAUACUUGUGUCGGUCGCGAGCCGCGCGGUCUCGUGCACGUUGUCGCUAAGUCGCGCGAGCGGAGCACUUGAAAAGUUGCGAGCAGCGCGCGGAGGACGGAGAGCACAGCUUUUGGGAUCGACGAAAAAAAAAAAAAAAAAAAAAAAAAAAAACACCAGCACACCAAACAAGAACUGGUGAGGCGCGCAGUCCAGCCCAAUCCUGCUAAUCAUGGACGAUUUAGACGCCCUGCUCGCGGACUUGGAGUCCACCACCUCCCACAUCUCGAAGCGUCCGGCCUUCCUCCCCGACGAGACGCCGUACUCGUACCCGACAGGUGGACACGCCUACCAGGAGUUGUCGCCGGCUCCUCCGGUGCCCCCUCCACCCUCUGCGGAGGCCCUCAACGGCACUGUGCUCGACGCUACAGACUCGCAGCGUUCCUCUGCACAGUCCUUCAACUCUGCACUGAAGAAUACAUGGUCCCGGGACAGUAGCAGCCCCCCGCUGUCGCACACUGAGGAAGACCACGUGUACAGUUUCCCCAACAAGCAGAAAGCUCCAGACUCUGCAGGUCUGACCAUGAGCUCUUCCCUGGGAAACAACCUGUCGGAGCUGGACCGCCUGUUGCUGGAGCUCAAUGCCGUGCAGCACAGCACUCCUUCCUUUCACACCGAAGAGGAGCCGGCUCCAGCCCUGCUGUCAAGUGGCAUGAGCAACUUUACGAAGGAGAAUGGGGUGUCUGCUGCAGUCAAGGCAGCGCCGUCCACUGUGGAGAAACCCAAGCGUCGUGCGGCGGACGAUGUACGGCCCAGUGUGGAGAACCUCCUGGACCAGCUGGAAAGCUCAGUGCCUCGCCCCAUUCCUGCCCCCUCCGCAGUCCACAGCGUGUUGAGUGGCGACCCGGAGGAGACACCAUCCCAGCAGCAGGCCCGAAUCUCCGCGUCCUCAGCUACGCGGGAGCUCGACGAACUCAUGGCGUCCCUUUCUGACUUCAAAGUGCAGAGCAACAUCAUAGCCCAAGGGAAGGGCGUAGGCUCCCCUUCUGCCCCUCCCAAGCAGGUGAACAAGCUGGACAACAUGCUGGGCAGCUUGCAGUCGGAUCUGAACCGGCUCGGCGUGCAGACCAUGGCCAAAGGUGUCUGUGGAGCCUGCAAAAAACCCAUCGCUGGCCAGGUUGUCACGGCGAUGGGGCGAACAUGGCACCCGGAGCAUUUUGUGUGCACGCACUGCCAGGAGGAGAUUGGCUCCCGCAACUUCUUUGAGCGCGACGGGCAGCCCUUCUGCGAGAGGGACUACCACAACCUCUUCUCGCCCCGCUGCCACUACUGCAACGGCCCCAUCCUGGACAAAGUGGUGACGGCACUGGACCGCACCUGGCACCCGGAGCAUUUCUUCUGUGCCCAGUGUGGAUCGUUCUUUGGACCAGAAGGUUUCCAUGAGAAGGAUGGGAAAGCGUACUGCCGCAAGGAUUACUUUGACAUGUUUGCACCCAAGUGUGGCGGAUGCGCACGUGCCAUCCUGGAGAACUACAUCUCUGCACUCAAUGCCCUCUGGCACCCAGAGUGCUUUGUUUGCAGGGAGUGCUUCACGCCCUUUGUGAACGGCAGCUUCUUCGAGCACGACGGGCAGCCCUACUGCGAGGCCCAUUACCACGAGCGCCGCGGCUCUCUCUGUUCUGGCUGCCAGAAGCCCAUUACUGGGCGCUGCAUCACUGCUAUGGGCAAGAAGUUCCACCCUGAGCACUUUGUGUGUGCCUUCUGCUUGAAGCAACUCAACAAGGGCACCUUCAAGGAGCAGAAUGACAAGCCCUACUGCCACAACUGUUUCAUCAAGCUCUUCAGCUAGGGGGCAGCGGCAAUGUCGUUCCUCGCAGCCUCGGCUUUCCGGAAUUUGUUGCAGCCAUGCGCAUCAGCACUGGACUCUGAAAAGGCGUGGCGAUGAGGUCGGUCGGUCGGUCGGUCGGUCAGAUGCUGCUGCUCCUGGCUGGAACAAAGGGCCGUGACUGAGGGUCUCCAUACUGGAAUGUUCUGGAACAUAGCAAUUUGUAAUUGUUUAAAGUGAACGUUUUUGCUUUGGUUUGGCGGUGGGGUUUUUUGGGGUGCGGGGUGGGGUUUAAAUAAAAUUAACCAACGGGAGCCACGUCCCUCUGCCUGUCACGUGAAUAGGUCGACUGCAGCAGAGGAACCUGAGACACGUUAAGUGGCUCUUUUUCUUAAACUCGCUAUUUUCAUACUUGGUCUGACCCCUGCGGUUCGAACCGAUAGCAAGGUUUACUUAAGGUCCCCGUGGCCACUAUGCUGUACUAACACACAUCACACGUCCUUUCUGUCGCCUCCUGGAAUCUAAGUGAAUCCUAAAGAAACUGAGAUCGCUGCUGGUCUCCUUUUCACGUGGACGUGUCUUAUGGACAAUGUCUCAAGUCCACAUUUUUAUACUUGUGAAGCACAUCGGGUUACCUUUGGGAUAAGCAUUUGCUCUUUAUCUCACAUGCACACAAUUACACGUGUGUACAGUAGU